UGAAAAAUUUAUAUUACCUAAUAAUAAAAUAAUCCAGUGGAAAAACAAAACGAAACAUCAUACUAAAUCAUUCAUUCUUCAUUUGUACAUUCAUUCAUUUGAUUGACGUUUCUUUUCCAUUCAAAUCAUUCGUUCAAACAUGACGUUUUCCGAUUAGGCUAGCCAGUUUUUUGUUUCCAUUUGUGAAUAAUACUAAAAUCACUCGUUGUUUAUGUAUAAUGUAAUGUAGUGAUUAGUGUUCCUAGUGUCGAAUAAAACAACUAUAAUCCAUUACGCGGACCGUGCGGCAGGUUUGAAUUUCCAAGAUGACGGAAACUCGACGACAGCAACUACAUCUUGGUAAAUGCAUCGAAGAUUUGGAUAAACUGCAUAAUAUUCCAGAUUUGAAGUCUAAGAGAGCUACUGCGUUAUGCAAAACAGCGCAAAAACUUUUCGAGAGCGCAGCGGAGGCCCGUGAAAAGGGCGACGAGGAGUACUCCUACGUGUGCUACAUGAAGUACUUGCGGGUCGUGGCGUGCAUUAGCAAGGACAAGGACUAUUUGAAGGACAAGAACUAUUUCAAUCAGAUGUUAGGGACCAAGAACCCUAAUAAGGCUAUUGAUGCAGCUGAAGAGCUAAAGAAUAGUCUUAUUGAUAGGUAUAACCAGGAACAGAAGAAGAAACGACUGAAUGACAUCCAGGAGAAUGAGGUCAUCAAGCAGAAGAUAGAUGAGAACCGGAAGAAAGCGCUGGAGGCUGCGCCCGCGCCUGAGCCAUCUCAGCUUUUGGGGCUGCCAGGGCUAGAUGAGGUGACCAUCAAAAGCGAGCAGCUAUACAACAUCCUGAAGAGCGGCAAGAUGAAGGUGAUGAUACUGGACGCCCGGCCCGGCAAGGACUACAUUGAGUCCCACAUCAACUGCCCCUCCUGCAUCAGUGUGCCCGAAGAAAGCAUUUCACCAGGACGUUCAGCACACAUUCUAGAGCAGAACCUACCCGCGCCUUCCAAGCCCAUCUGGGCAACCCGGGCUUCCAUGGAGCUCAUCGUGAUGCUGGACUGGUCUAGUACUGCUGUUAUCCCAGGAAACACGCUCCAUCUCUUGAAGACCAUCCUAUUGAAGUGGGACGUAAAAGUGCAAUAUCCACGUCCACCGCUGGCCCUGCACGGCGGCUACGAAGACUGGCUUCUACGUUACCCCGCUUUGACUACCAAUCCGCAGCCAACGCCGAGGGCCAAGGCACCUAAAGAUAUGCUAGGCGAAAUCGAUUACCCCGUAUGGGCCGACCUGGCGCCGGCGCCGCCGCGGCCGCGGACUUCGGAGCCCGCCGUCGACCGCAGCAGCAAGGCCGCCGCGUUGCAGAAGUACGAGGAGCGGGCUCGCAACAUGGCGCAGAUCAUUCAGCAACAAGAACGCUUAGCUGACACCUCGCUGACACUGGAAAUGCAAAGGAUAGAGGCGGAACAGGACUGGGAGAAGACGCACUUCCAGCGCGAGACCGAGGAGCGGGACGACGUGCGCGCGCUGUACAAGAUGCGCGAACAGGAGAUCAUUUCCCAGCUCAUGCAGCUGGAGAACAAGCAGUUUGACAUGGAACAAGAGAACCUGAGCCUCCGACAGCAGUUGGAGGAGUACCAGCGGAGAGAGCGCGCCGAGGCCGAGAAGCUGGCCGAGUCCAUAGCCAACGAUGAUGCCAAUGCUGAGAAGCAACGCGUAAUCGCCGAGCAAGCCGCCCAAGCGCGCGAGCUGGCCGCCGCGUCCGCGCGCAUCGACGCCGUGCGCGGCCAGCGCGAGGAGCUCGACCGCCAGCGCGAGGCGCUCGAGCGGGAGCGCAAGCGGAAACUGGCGCAGGCCAGGGAGAAACGGAAGCCUGUACUUGAUAAGGAUGAGGACGGUGACACGUACAUGGUGUCCCCCGACGACGGUCCCGCCGGCUUGAACCGCUCGCAAUCCUCGCCCAACAUUGCCAAGCAGGUAUCUUCAGAUGAAGAUGAAUCGCCUCCAUCCUUCGACCGCAGCGUCAAGCCCACCAAGGUCAUCCCUAGAAACCAUCAGAGAGACUUCCAACCGCAGUGGGGAGAUGUGGGCCGCGGUCUCACGGGCUUGAAGAACCUUGGCAACACUUGCUACAUGAACUCCAUCAUCCAGUGCCUGAACAACACCGCCAUCUUGUGCCAUUACUUCUGCAACGGACAGUACAUGGAACAUGUUAACAGGGCACACGGAACGCGAGGAGCGAUUGCAGAAGAAUUAGCCGCCGUCGUACGAGCGCUGUGGUCCGGCCAGUACCGGUACAUCGCGACCAUCGACUUGCGGAAUGAAGUAGGCAAGCACCAGCGAGCAUUCCGAGGCUGCGAGCAGCAAGACUCCCAUGAGUUCCUGACGAUACUCAUGGACUGGCUCCAUCUCGACCUGCAGUUCUCCAGCAAGCCACAAAUCAAGGACAGCCUCCCGCCCUCUGAAAAAGCGUGGCAGGAGUUCACCAAAUCCAAAGAGAGCUUCAUUUUACGACUGUUCUACGGACAGAUCCGGUCCACGGUGAAAUGUACGGUGUGCGGCAAGCAGAGCGUCACGUACGAGUCCUUCUCCAACCUGUCGCUGGAGCUGCCGGCCAAUGCCAACCGGUGUACGCUUAGUGACUGUCUAAAACUGUACCUAAAUGGCGAGACCAUCCCUGGUUGGAACUGUCCCGGCUGCAAGGAAAAACGAGACGCCGUCAAAAAACUAGACAUCUCCCGUCUCCCUCCCGUCUUAGUCAUCCACUUCAAACGAUUCUACGUCGACCCUAAAGAAUAUAUGGCGAAUGCCUACAGAAAGAAACAGACGUAUAUAGACUUCCCGCUCGAAGAUCUAGAUAUGAGGCAGUUUUCGCUGAAUUGUAGCCCGAAUAACCAGAUAUUUAAUUUGUACGCGGUUUCGAACCAUUACGGGUCGAUGGAGGGCGGCCAUUAUACGGCGUAUUGUAAGAGCAGUGUGUAUAGCAAAUGGUACAAAUACGACGACCACGUAGUAACAGAGAUCUCCUCUAGCGAAGUAAAGUCCAGUGCGGCCUACAUCCUCUUCUACACCUCCUGCUCUAUGCGCAUGUCGUGAUCGCGAGGCCGAAAGCGGCCCAACGAGCCCGGAGGUAGCUUUAGGCCUUAGGAUUACGGCUAAGACGGGGAACUAGGCCAAGUAAGUUUCACCUCUUGGGUAAUGCGCAUGUAGUUAUCGCAAGGCCAAAACCGGCUCAACGAGGCCGAAGGUAGCUUUAGGCCUUAGGAUCUUCUCGGGGACUAGGCCAAGUGGUAGACUAGAUAUUGGCCAAGGGCUAUUACCUAACAAGAAUUUGUAAAAAAGUCCAGCGCUGCUUUUAUAUUUUACAUAUCUUGUGCGCGUGUCCUGAUCGCGAGGCCGAAGGCAGCUUUAGGCCUUAGGAUCGUUUGAUAGGGGCUACGCCAAGUGUCUGAGAUUAUAUAUUGGCCAAUAAGUAUGGUUAAAACUUUAAAACUCUGGAAUGUUUCUACCGUGAACACUUUGUGAAAAGUCGUGACUACUUGCCAAACCUUGACAACUGGAUUUUAUGGAUCUUUACGUUAAUCCGAAUUACAUCCUAUCAGUCGCCGGAUCCCGGUGUAGGUCGAAACUUAUAGACAUUUUAUACUUUUAAUUGUUGUGAUUAUUAUUACCUAAUGAAGUUAUGAAUAGUUGAUAAUCCUAAACUUAAAUUGUUUAUUGCCUGUUGAUUUGUAAUUAAAUAAUUAUUUGGUGUGUUGAAUGAUGGGCAAUUUCAGAAAAUAGUGUACCAUUACGAUUUUUUUCGUAAAAUUAUCAACUUUUGAGUUAUUUUUACUCAGUUUCACGAGGACUAUCGAUUUAAAAAGGAAAAUAAGUUUACUUCAACUUCAACAUUUAUUCAGCAGAUAGGCCACAAGGGCACUUUUACACGUCAACAUGGAAUUUACAUACAAACAAAACGAGCACAUCAAAAAUUAUAAAAUACAAUUAAAUAUUAAUGCAAACUAAAGUAUUAUUGUUUAAAGUAAAAGUAAGUAAAGUAUUUUUAUUACUUAGAGAUGUAUAAAGUCUCUAAAUGUCGAAUUACAAAAAAAAAUAUAAUAAAUAGAACAUUAUUACACGAAUUGCCUAAGUCCCACAGUAAGCUCUAUAAGGCUUGUGUUGAGGGUACUUAGACAACGAUAUAUAUAAUAUAUAAAUAUUUAUAAAUACUUAAAUACAUAGAAAACACCCAUGACUCAGGAACAAAUAUCCAUGCUCAUCACACGAAUAAAUGCCCUUACCGGGAUUUGAACCCGGGACCAUUGGGUUCAUAGGCAGGGUCACUACCCACUAGGCCAGACCGGUCGUCAAAUAAAUAAAUAUAAUAACAUCUAAAAUGAUUUAUAGGUAAAUAUCUCUAAAUGUCAGAACUAAAUGAUUUUUAUCAAAUUAUCCUUAGAGAUGUAUAGUCUAAGAGUCAAAAUUCUUAUAUAUUCUUAUGACGAAAAAGAUGUUUAGUUUUGAGACGCAUUUUCACAUACAUUUUGUAUGAACCGUCACAAAUCUGACUGAACUAAUACAAAACUGAGAAGAAAAGUCUCUCCAAUUAAUCAUACAACCCAAAUUUUGUAUGAUAAAUUGUGGACGCUAUUUCCUUUCUUUUAUAAUCAAUAGUCCACGUGAUUCUGAGUUGAAGUAUAACUCAAAAGUUGUUCGUUUUACGAAAAAAAAAAUGUUUUUUUUUUUCUGAAAACCCCCUGAUAUUAAUAUGAUUGUUUUUUGGUCCCAAUGUCAAUUGUUGAUUUUGAAAAUCUCCAUUUUUGUUAGCUACAUGACUACACGUAUAAUUUAAAAAGCACAUUCAUGCAUUAAGAUUAACUUUAAAAUUGUAAAGUACAUGCGAGGCGCUGAAAACGUCAAAUUGUUUAAAAUGGACGCUUGUUAAGAUAUUUUUGCCUCGAAUUUAACUAAUCCUAACCCGUGGAACGCCCCUUAUACUUAUAAAAUGGUUUGAAUUACUAACCGUGUAAUAUAUAUAGUAGGUUUCAGUGGCGGAUCGUUCAAAGAACUCGAUUCCCAUCGGCUUGUCUAAUUUCAGCCCGUUGAGUUCUUUCACGAUCGGUUCAUGGAGAAAAGGAAAGCAAAAUUAGCUCCGGGUUCCCUACGAAUAUUUGUGACGCGCCGCCACUGGUAGGUUUAAAAUUCACUGGGCGUUUCGUGGGUUAAAAAUAUCUCAUAUAGUUUGGUUUCAUGGCCCUAAUAGAGGGCAGUGAGAUUUUUGAUAUGUAUAAAAUAAACUACCGAAUGUAUGAGAAGUGAAGACUGUAUAUGUGUGGAAACCGAACUAUGUUGGCUUGAAAUUGUUCGUAGGUUCACAGAUCUGUAUAAACUAUAUAUCUUGAAUAACCUUACACUUUUUGACAAGUGACCUCAUUGAUGUAAAAUAAAUGUCAAAACUAUAGUCAGAGGCGGCGUUAGGCGUGGGCGACGUGGGCCUCCGCCUGCGGCCUCGCGGUCCGAGGGGCCUCGCGCCUCAAAUCAGUAUAAUUCCCGGACACAACAUAAAAAUGUUCGUUAUUUCUUGCGCCACCAGAGGGCCUCGCUAAAUGUAUGCCCACAUAAAAUGGUGGUCUUGCCCGGCCACUGACUAUAGUUUAAUUAUAUGGACUGUGGAUUUAAGAGAAAUCUCUUAUGAUAGAACUGUUGCUAAAGUGUCCAGCUGUCAGCUAUAAAUAAUAGUCCCAAAUCUCUCCAGAGUAGCGCUAGAGUAGCUAAGAACCUAAGCGUUAUUGACGGAGUCAAGUGCGCUGUCUAUGAUUUGAUUUUUUUGUUCAAGUACUCUAGGUAUUGUAGCGCCACCUAUUCAAGGUUUUUUGAUGACACUUUUUGGUAUCUGGAGAUUUCUUUCCUUACCCCCACCUUUCAUAGUUAAUUAAUAUACAGCAUGCGCACGAGCUCCGUUCAUUCUAGAGUUGAGGAAAGGGCAAGAAGCAAAAGAAUUCCCGCAAUAAACGUAUUUCACGUUUGUCCGAUAAA